GCAGGGCCACUUGGCUGGAGGUAGGACUCGGGCUUUUGUUGGCGGAGACGAACACGAUGACGGAGCUGACGGGCACAAGUGAGAGGGCUGCCGGGCUAGGAGGGUAUCGUUCUCUGGCAGAUGAAAUUAAUGCUACAGAUUGCCAUGUUCUCCUGGAGGCAGCUGCCAAAUAUUACUUCCAGAUCAGCCAGAAGCAUGGGGAUACAAGGGAGUACUUUUCUAGCCCCGAGGGAGAAAUGAUAAAAGUAGAUGAAACAAGUGUCCGGUACAUACCACUGUACAGAGAUGAUGACUCUGGGAAAAUGUUGGUUUUAGUAUGUUCCAAGACAGGAGAGUCAGUUGUUGCUGUUUAUCUGAAUGGAACUUGGUGGUCUGUAGAUGACAUCUUGAAAUCAUCUGACCCAUCAAAAGAAGGUCUGAUACAGGUCCAGACAUUUUGGGAAAGAAUUGCCCUCUUUGUUCUAAACUGUUUGGUGUGCGGGUUCUCAGAGGCAAAUGGACAUGAAGCCUGCUUCUUUCCACACGCCUCCAAGGAACUGGCUAAGAUCUACUGGUGCCAUGGAGAGGCAGUAGGAUUUUACACCUACAAAAACAAAGGAAACCUGUGUAAUCCCGGCACCAGUGAAUGUUAUCAGCUACCUGUCCUGGACACGGUAUUUGUCCGUAAGAACUGGAGAAGAUGUGGACUGGGGUCUAAAAUGCUACAAGAUUACAGCCUGGUGUUUUCCAGAGAAAGUGUUCUGGGUAUCAGCAGCCCAAUAUCCCCUGCCAUGUACACAGUCUGCCACAAAUUCCUGACCUGUAACCCCAAGGAUCAAGAUCGGUUUUGGGAAGUGGAAGCUCCUGGAUACUGGAGCCAACGUCUUAACAUUUGGUUGAAAAUUCAACUUGGAGAAGCCCCAGCAGUAAGAACAACGCAAAAGUCUUCCACUGACAGAGUUGGUGAGCACGAUAAGAGAGUCUCCAUUUCAGCAAUAAAACACCCCAGUGUUCCUGAUGAUAAAGAUCCUGAUGAAUCUUCCGAUGACUCGGAUGGGUCAGUUUCCUUGGGGAACCACCGAAAAAGGAAAAGUGUAAAAGAGAACGUGGAAGAGAUUCCAACAAAAUAUAUGAAAGCAACCUAAGGCUGUGAGAUAUAAGUACUUUUAAUUAACACAGUACUUUGUGCAAAGUGCAAUUUUUAUGUCCAAAUUUAAUUUUUUUUUUCAUACCUAAAAUGCAGCAUUUCCCCCCAGAAUUCUAGGUGCAUGCUUAGUGGCAUCUAUAACAUGUGCCAGAUUUGCAGCAGAUAUUUUUUUAGUGGGAAUGGCCUUGCUACUGCCACGAGGUUGGUGGUAGUUCCAGGGUUCCGCUAGUGCAUGUUUCGUGCAGUUGAGCAUAAUUCAUCAGAGCACAUUGGCACUUUUGGCAAAAAGCUAGGAGCAAGUAUCAGUGCAGUUCAGUACCUUGGUGAGUAGUUUCACUUUUUCAUCCAUUCUAAUGCCUUGUGCUGUCAUUUGUCUUUGAGCCCUAAAUUCUCUUGCAUUAGAUAUAUGCACUUUGUGAGGGGGAUUGGGUGCUGUUUUGUAUUGGCUGUUGGGAUGUAAGGCUUUAGAACUGCAAUACUUGGUCACUGAAUAACUAGGGGAAUGUCACUGUUAUGCUGCUAUUAUUCAGUGCACAUUUUAUUCAGUGCAUUAGGGACUUUAUUAAAGACGAUGAUCUGGUGAUAAUUAUGUAUUGUAAGCUUAACUACGGGUACAACCACUUUUAUUGAUUUUUGUGAAAAUUAGGAGAACAUUUAAUGGGGUGCACCAAAUCUAUUUUUUUAUGCUUCAUGCAGAAUCCUCCAGUAUAUGGGAGCUUCUACUGCCAAAUACAUUUUAUUGGACUCAUAUCUACCCUAUCCAUCCCCCAACAUGAAAAUCAUUUAGAGGCACGAGUUAGUGAACAGUAGGAGGCACAGGCUGCAUUAUGGCUUUGUCCUUACCACGUUAUGGUUGGAUAAUAAAGACAAGCUCCACUGCACCUCCUGAUGCUGGACGCUGCUUCGUGCACUGGAUUUUUAAUCUGACACAAGGAGCAAAGUGCCUCAUUUUCUGAGGAGCAAGUGCUUGUUAAACUGAGCACUAUGGAGAGCGCUUUUGCUUAUACAAUAUCAUUGUGCUGUAUGUGUGUGUGUCUGUGUGGGGUAAUUAUCUGUGGUCAGAAUACCUCAAAUUACAUAGAUCUAAUCAGUUGCAAGAUAUCUCAUUUAAUUCAAUCUUGAUUUGGUGAAUAUACAAUUUUAUAGGUUUGGAAGAAAAUUAGAAGACUUUACACAGGAGUAAUAUUAAUGGUUAAAGUUAUGCAUGGAUGGGGUGUUGAGAUAAAGUUCUAAUAUACUGUAGUGUUAAAAGCAAUGAAUGGAAAGGUUUGCAUAGUUGUUUUCAUUAAAGGAGAUGGAAAGGCUUAGUGCACUUGGGGGUGCCAAAUGUUAGGCACCCCCAUG